AGAUCGCAGCCUUGCUCACUUCUGUUGGCUGCCGAUGCACGCCCUUCCCGCCGCUCCACGCCGCUCAAUCACCUUUCUAGAGCCAGUUUCGUGCAUUUCGUUCUGCUGUCCACACUUGACUUGCUCCUCAGCAAGCAGGCCUCACAUGACCAUGCUGACCGCCCCCAGACCUCUGCAGCCUGGUCCCGCUGUGACGUUCGCUCCUUCCUUCCCGGCCCUGGGCCACUCGCUGCAUCCGUUCCCCAGGCGUUGUGGAGAUAGAUCCUGUCUCCUUCCAUCACCUCCGCCUAUCUGCUUUCUGUGACUGGGGCGGGCUACGUUCCUUAGCCCCAGCAUCGGGUGACUUAUGUCACUCAAUUACGACUCCGACGACGCUGUCCCACGAUCCCCAGGCCUCGAAGUGUUCAAGCCCAGAGCGACGCCAUCUCCCUCGCCACCCCCGGUAGUAACGCAUCAAGUAACGAUAUCUUCGACUGCUCAGAGCGUCAGUCCUCCUUCCUCUCGAAGACGCAAGAAGUCUAAUCGGAGAAAGACCCGUCCGAGCCAAGGGGACUUUGUGCUUAUUCGGGUUAUGGACCCGAAUAGACCAGACAUUGCCCGAGAAGUCGGCCAACGAGCGCUCAAUUCCGACUCUGGCUCUGAGGCUGAGGACGAGGACAUGGAAGAACCACCCCCGCCCGCAGAAGCAGCUCGGUCAGAACCCGCUUCAAGCCAGACCAAAUCGUCCGACCCAUCAUACGACCCAUCAUCAGACCUGCAAAAGUUUGCCCAAGAAGCCCUCGACACGAACGUCAAUUCCGCUACAGCGCCUACAAUAACUAAACUGCCGCCGCCGUUCUCCGAUCAUCGAGAUUCUGUCGUGGAGCCAGAUACCCAAGAUCGCGAAACUCUCAAUGCAGACAUCUCCGCGUCUCAGACGCCGUCUACCAGCACAUUAGCGAAUGGAGUGCCGCCCGGCGCGGCAGAAGCAGACGCGAAAUCACCCGCCACGAUUAGCGCUUCUACAACCCAGGCAACAUCGCCAAAUCUGACUGCAGAACGGCAUGGGUCCAUUGUAAACAGUUAUCCGAAUCAGAACUCAUUGGCGACCUCCCCAAAUCUUCGAGAGCUAACUAUACCUCCCCCUAGAGGAGGAUCGCCCAGUCAGAAGUUGCCUGCACUACAAACCCCGCAAUCGCCUCCAAGAGAGGGGUCAGCAAGCUCACCCAGCCAGAACCAACAAUUGCCGUCAUUUCGCCAUCUGAGUGAGCUAGCCGAGACCGCCAUAAACGAGCAAGAAAUCAACAGGGUGAAUAACUACCCGCAUCGGCAGUCGAUAUCAUCAACGGGACAAUCCCCGACUUCAAUCGGGCGCCAGCUUUCCAUCACCUCACUUUCUCCAGGGGGUGCAUUUCCCUUAAGUGCUACCUCACCCAGUGGAAGUAGCGAUAUCCAGAGCCGAGAUCCAUUCCUGAGGUCAGGGCAAUCGCAUCUUACGCUCUUCAGUACGCGCAGACCCUCGCAGGCGUCGGAAGGCGGGCCCUAUUCCGCCACAAUACAUUCCGCCACCACAAACGACAGCUACCAGAGUUCAGAUGGUCUUAGUCCAGGGACACAGCCUACAUCUAUAGAUAGUCGGGGGCCGCGCAUGAGUAUAGAUGGUGCGCUGACGUCGAGAACACUUCCUCCACCCGUCGGGCCGAACAUUCAACAUAUACCAUCCCAUGGUUCGGGAGGUUUCAAGUGCGACUAUCCAGGCUGCAAUGCUGCUCCCUUCCAGACGCAAUAUCUUCUCAACUCACACGCGAAUGUCCACUCACAAAGUCGGCCUCAUUACUGUCCUGUGCCUGGAUGCCCACGAGCGGAAGGUGGGAAGGGAUUCAAGCGUAAGAAUGAGAUGAUACGGCACGGCUUAGUGCACCAAUCCCCGGGCUACGUCUGUCCUUUUUGUCCAGAUCGCGAUCACAAAUACCCGCGGCCUGAUAAUCUACAAAGGUGUGUAGUUGGGACACCAUCCCUCCAAGCCCCAUGGAACUCCUCAAUUGAGGUGUAGGUGGGAGUUCAUCAAGAGGUCGUACUGACCUGGCUGUUUCGCCAGAGGUGAAUAGACGAUGGACGGGCGGAUAGGAUGGACACCUUAGCUAACUAGUGCUUUUCAACAGACACGUACGCGUUCAUCACGUCGAUAAGGACAAGGAUGAUCCUCAACUACGAGAGGUCCUUGCACAGCGUCCAGAAGGCGGCAGUCGCGGCCGACGAAGACGAGUGAGCUGACUUCAGCACUUCGGCUUCCAUACCUAACACCCUAUCAGAUCUCGACGUAAUUGCUUCGAGGAGUCCAUUCAGGAUCAGCCCACCUACUUUAUCAGCAGUGAACCUCUUCAGCAACGGUCGUCCCAAUCCCUAUUCUACGAUUCAGGACGCCAAUCGAAUAGUCUGCCACUCUGCUCAUCGCACAAGCUUUACUUCACCUCUCGUAUUUCAUCAACACUUAGCGUGCUUUUACCUCUCU